UUGUGCCACGAGGUACGACGAGACGGUCGAUAGGUAUCCUCAGAAAUUCCACUCGAGGAGGCAACGUGACAAGGUGUGCAGUGGCGGGUCGGACGAGUUGUUUUCUCUUCGCUCGUUUAUCCAAAAUCGGAUACAUAUAUCGGAAUCGAUGACGUCUGAUGCCGGAUCCACGUUUCAAAAUAACCUCAAUGAUUUCUCCAAACAGAACCAGACGGAAAUCGCACAAAACAAAGAUGCUUCUUCCAAAAUACUUCGGCCACGAAAGAUGUUAAUACAGACGAGCGUUAAUCUUCUCAUUUCGUCGUAUUCGACUUCUGGGCGAUUUCUUUACGAAAUUCGUGCAGCGUCUUUGUAUAUUAUAUUUCGUGUUUCACAACAUCGACCAUCAAGGUUAUUUUUUAUGGCUCUGGGAAUUGAUCAGAUACGAGACAGCGAACUAGGAACGUUUCGGCGAACCACAUCCCUCAGAUUGGCAAAAUCAUCCAACCCAAGUAUCGUCAACAGCAAUCAAUCGUACGUGUCGUCGAACGAUGGAAAAUCAUCGGUGUCCAUGACAUGGACCCCAGAUAAAGGAGAUACGAUACCAGUUCGGCCCGCCAGGCACUCCGCACCUGCGAUCGACGCACCUGCGCCGGAAUACCUCGCCAGAAAUCUGCUGCAGCUUGGCUGUCCCGCCGUGUCAAUGCCCACACCUCGUGGAGGAGUAGGGUCUGAGCCUCCGCAGAGUAGCGACAGCGAUGAACAUUCGACGACGCAUACCCAACAGCAACAGCACCAGCAACAACAACAACAACAGCAGCAUAGUCAUGGGCAUGGGUAUGGACAAGGACAGGUGGAUAUCUACAACUUGCCCAAAGUCCAGGUGUCGGGACCAUCGAACAUUGAUGAAUCCUCUUCCGUCGUCAAUGGGUCUGCGGGGUCCAUAGGAGCACGAUCCGCGCCCAGCACGCCUCUUCAAGUAGCUCCUGGUGCGCAACAAGCGGGCCAGCAGUCGAUUAGCGGCUCUCAGCUUACAGUAGCCGCUGCCAAUAAUUCGCAGCCACCAAGGAGCCCGAGCCACGCGGCCUUGAGAUGUAACGACAGUCAUCUUUCCAAACCGCUCAGUAGAAGUACACCAUCAAUGGCAGCUGGUGGUGUUGUGCAGACUCCAGGGAAGGUUAGUAGAUCUUCGUCCACAUCGUCGCCAACGACUACCAGCAGCGCGAGACAGAAGAAAUUCCACAGGCAUUUCUCUCAGGUUGCUGCGGACGAACGGGUAUUAAACUACUACAGUUGCGCGCUGGUAGGCGACAUCUUGCUGCAAGGACACCUGUACAUUACACCAAAUUAUUUCGCGUUCUAUAGUAACGUGUUCGGCUAUGUAACGAAGCUUUUGAUACCUACAGUUUCCGUGUUGAAGAUCAGUAAAGAGAAGACAGCACGAAUCAUUCCAAACGCUGUGGCAAUUGCCACCGAAGAGGAGAGGCACGUCUUCUGUUCUCUUCUAUCCAGAGACUCGACCUUUAAGUUGAUGAAACAGGUUUGGGACGCUGCGCUGGAGCCACAACCGUCACCAACGAUUCUACCGUUGACCACAGAGCAGAAGCUCCUCACCCCAAACGCGUUGGUUGUCGAUGAUUCCGAGGUGAAUCCGGAAGAAGAUGAUUCCAGCAUGUCUGAAAGCGGGACAGAUCUGAAUUCUAGACCGCCGACCAUCUGCACCGACACCGAUGCUGUCCCAUUGAAAAUUGUCAGGCCUAGUUUGCCACCACCUGCAAAGGUGGAACCAUCACCGGUGCCGAUACUUCCAGCAACGUCCAACAAUUCCAAUACUGUUUUAUCCUUGUUCACGGGUAGAUUGAGAACUAGCACAGUGAUUACCAUACUGAUAAUAGUUCUAGCAGCUCUAUACAUGUCGGCGGCUUUGAUGAUGAUUCGCAUCGACAGGUUACAUACGGCGUAUCUCAACCAUCCGUUUGUUUCGCCGGAACGUUUCACUCAGGAUCGACUUUUGCAUUACCUUAAUACAAACAUUGAUCAAAUAGUAAAGGUACGACAGAGUCUACAGAUGUUGUCGCAGCAGUUCGUGUCGAUGAGCCAAAAUGGAGAAACCGAGCCGAGCGUAUCCGGUGGCAUGUUAGAACCGGAAGACGCUCCGAGUUAGCCCCCGACGAAGCUAAAUAAUUUAAUGCAACCAAAUAAUAUGAGUCCCCGUCGCCUCGCUAGCGUAUGAAGCGUCUCGUAUUAAUACGUCGUUGUCUUCGUAAUCGGCGUCGAUUUAUUAUCGGCGUACGAAAACGAUUUCGAUUCGAUCAAUUAAUUAACGGUGUCGCUUCGACGGUCCUUAAUAGGCAAUUAUUAUCGUUAGACUAUCUAGACUUACUUGACAGGUUUCGAAGAUAAUAGGUUAUUUAAAGUAAAAGAACAAAACAGACAAAAAGAAAGUAAAUUAUACACUGAAAAUUUUUCGAACGCAGGGAUCGUAACGAUCGUAACGAUCCUUCUACACUUAGAUUGGAGAGCAUGCGUAACUCGAUUCUUAAUUUUCAGUCAUGCUUGCAGAAUUUAAAUAAGAUGCUUAAAGGCUGUAAUAAACGAAGUAAAUAUAAAAAAGAAAAAAUUUAAAGAGCGUCGUAUAUACGAUAUACAUAUACGAGUGAGUGCUAGACAAUUAUAUGUAUGACAAGAUGAUGCGAAAUGAAUUGAUGAAUAUGAAAUAGAGGAAAAAAAGAAA